GGGGGGCUGUGAGGACGUGUUUCGAGGAAGCGAGACCCGGGGCCGACGCGGCCGGCGAGAUGGAGCCGCUGUACCAGCAAACGCACAAGCAGGUCCACGAGGUCCAGUCUCACAUGGGACGCCUGGAGACGGCAGACAAGCAGUCUCUGCACUUAGUAGAAAACGAAAUCCAAGCAAGCAUAGACCAGAUAUUCAGCCGUCUAGAACGUCUGGAGAUUUUGUCCAGCAAGGAGCCCCCUAACAAAAGGCAGAAUGCGAAACUUCGUGUUGACCAGUUAAAGUACGAUGUCCAGCACCUGCAGAGUGCUCUGAGAAACUUCCAGCAUCGGCGCUAUGCAAGGGAGCAGCAGGAGAGACAGCGAGAGGAGCUUCUGUCUCGCACCUUCACCACUAAUGACUCUGACACCACCAUACCAAUGGAUGAAUCCCUGCAGUUUAACUCCUCCCUCCAGAAAGUUCACCACGGCAUGGAUGACCUCAUUGGAGGCGGGCACAGUAUUCUGGACGGACUGAGGGCCCAGAGACUGACUUUGAAGGGGACUCAGAAGAAGAUCCUUGACAUUGCCAACAUGCUGGGCUUGUCCAACACAGUGAUGCGGCUCAUUGAAAAGCGGGCUUUCCAGGACAAGUACUUUAUGAUCGGCGGGAUGCUGCUUACCUGUGUGGUCAUGUUCCUCGUGGUGCAGUACCUGACAUGAGCCGGCCCAGCCCAGCAGCUGAACAGCGUUCCCACCGCGUGCCAGUGUGUGUGAGUGUGUGUGCAUGAAAGAGAGGGGGGCUCAUAGGCCACCUUUUGAAAUGUGUGCCUGUCUUAACUGUGAAGACACUUGGGAGUAAUUGUGAUCUAGAUUCAGACGUGCUCUGUUUUCUGUGACAUCUUGGAGGGGGAGCUAAGGCCACCAAGAUGCGCGGUGCUUAGGAAACGAAAGCAGUCCC